AUGGCAGAAGCAGUCUUGGUUGAUCUCUUUGGUUUAAAAUUGGACUCACAGCAAAUCUGCCAUCAGACAUUAUUGAAGACGUUGAAUGGCAUUCACUGUCACCACGCCCCCAAGGCCAAGUUCCUUUGCAUAAUGUGUUGCAGUUAUGUCACCCAAGAAAGGGAUGAUGAACAGGGUCUUUGUGACUGGGAAGCAGGAAAUGGAUUCUCACUUCUCAUGAGAGACUUUGAGACUGUUAGCAAUCCCAGUAUGGCUGCCUCGUUGUAUACAAUUAAACAAAAAAUUGAUGAAAGAAAUCUAAGCCACAUUAAGGUGAUUGUCCCCGAGCACAGGAAAUCGUUCAUGAAGGCUUUUAUUGAUCAGCUCUUCACUGGGGUUUAUGAUUUUGAGUUUGAAGAUCUUCAGGUAGCUUGGAGGGAGAGCCUGUUGAAACCAGCCACUGAAAUAAAUGCACCCACAACUCAUCAACUGGAAGAAAUCCAGAAUGAAAUAGAAACGUACUUGAGAGGCCUACCAGCUCUGAAAGGAGACUUAACUAUUAUCAGAUCUCCUUUGAUCCCAGACCGUCUUUUUACGCGCUACCCCUUACCUUCAACAGAUAUCUUCAUACAUGGAUUUACUACAAGAACAGGUGGCAUAUCUUACAUACCAACUCUUAGCUCACUCAAUCUUUUCAGUAGUUCCAAACGGAGGGAUCCCAAAGUUGUUGUCCAAGAAAAUCUUCGGAGGUUGGCCAAUGCUGCAGGAUUUAAUGCAGAGAAGUUUUACCGAAUAAAGACGGAUCACGCCAAUGAAGUGUGGGUGAUGGGGAAGAAGGAGCCGGAAUCUUACGAUGGGAUAGUCACAAACCAGAGAGGAGUCACGAUCACAGCUCUUGGUGCUGACUGUAUACCUAUAGUCUUUGCAGAUCCCGUGAAAACAGUCUGUGGGGUUGCUCACUCUGGCUGGAAAGGUACUUUGUUGGGUGUAGCUAUGGCUACUGUUAAUGCUAUGACAGCAGAAUAUGGCUGUAAUUUGGAAGACAUUAUUGUUGUUCUGGGACCUUCCGUGGGACCUUGCUGUUUUACUCUUCCCAGAGAAUCGGCAACCUCGUUUCAUAAUCUUCAUCCUUCGUGUGUGCGGCAGUUGGACUCGCUGAAUCCCUAUGUUGAUAUCCGGAAAGCCACCAGGAUUCUUCUAGAACGAGGAGGAAUUCUUCCACAGAAUAUUCAGGACCAGAAGGGAGACCUUGACCUCUGCACAUCCUGUCAUCCGGAUAAGUUUUUCUCCCAUGUUCGCGAUGGCCUUAACUUCGGUACACAGAUUGGCUUCAUAUGCAUUAGAGAAUGAGGUUCUUGACUGCAAGUUUGCAUUGCUGUUUCAUGUAUCCUUUCCACACUGCUUGCAAAAGAAAAUUUUAGCUUUUGGAUUUACAUAAGACCAAGAAGAUUACAAAAGAUAAUUCAUCUUUAGGGUAUACAUUCACUGUUACCCAUAUCCAGAUGAUCUUGGUCUAAUUCUUAUAGCGACUGACGAGAGAAUCAAUAUGAUGCUAUUCCUCAAGUUUAUUUAUCUAUAAAUCAAGAUCAGGUCUGUCCAGUUCUGUAUUUGUUAGAUGCCAACUUUUGUCUUAGGUAUGAGGCUUAGCCCAAUGAAUCAAAAUAAAGACAACCUUUCCAUUUGAGUCAAAUGCAGUAGGAGAGAUAAACACUUCCUUUUAAUAUAUAUUUUAGUUGUUUUACAAAAGAGUAGGUUUUAUUACAGCAUUUUCAAGUACCGUGUCUUACUGGUCCUCCCUUCUUUCCUUCCCCCUUAUGUAACCUUCCACUCCCAGUAACCCUUCUUCCCUGUAUUCUGUCACCCCUUCCUUGUUCAGCCUUCUUCUCCCUCAUGUUCCCUUUCUAGGUUUAACACCUAUAUGCACCCUUACACCCACAUACAAACAUAUGUACAUAUACGUAUAUGUGUAUGUACACAUAAACAUUCAGGUUUCAGAUUCAUCUAUGAGAGAGAAUGUACAAUGUUUGUUAUUCUGGGUCUGGAUGAUUUUGUUCAACAUAAUAAUUCCAGAUCCAUCAAUUUUUCUAUAGAGUUGAUAAUUUCAUUAUGGCUAAAUAAAAUUUUGUAUGUGCUGUA